AUGUCAAAGCCAUAUAAUCCAAAUACAUGCUUCUUCCCAAAUCGACCGACCUUAUCCCAACACCCAGGGGCAGAAAACCUCGUCCCAAAAUAUGAAAGCAUGAAUGUGAGCCUUCCCCAUCGGCCCGUAGAAGAGCUCUCCGACGCCAUACUCGCUGCCUGGCCUCUCAUACUCCGAUACUAUGUCGGUCAGAAUUCAGUCUUUUAUCGCAGGAGUACCAGCAAGUUUGCUGGGCAAGCUUCAGGAAACAACGUCAGGUUUUGUUUUGUGGAGCUGAAAAACGAUUCAUACAUCAAAGAUAUCGAACGGAUGUCGAGGUUUAAGUUUGAGAAGGGCCGCUGGCUAGUUUACAAUACAGAGGUGGCUACCAUGUCAAAUCAAGAUCAACUAAAAAAGAUGUGUGAAGAUUUCGACCCACAAAUCGUUUUGAAACUCGUCAUUAUGCCAGAUUCCAGGUUGUGCCUCCUGUGGGAUAGUAAGGAAAUAACCCGGAUGCGCGCCCGACUAAUCGCCGAAGAUAUUGAAGUCUUCUUGUCAGAAUAUGAUACGACAAUGACAGUUCAAGAACUCAAACUUCACAACCGAUACAUGCCAGUCAAGUACUGGGUCUCACCUAAAUCAGUCACUGCGAAAGCAAGCGUACUCGUUAGAUGUCUGAGGUCAGAUAAUGAGCAACUUCAACUUCAAUUUUCGAUCCAAGAUUGUUCGAAUAUCAAGACCAUUGAGCUUGGUGAUUGGAUCAUAAGUUCCGAGCCAGAAGCUGAACUCGAUGUUCCUAUUGGGUUGAAACAUCUCGCAUACCUAAUUUUCACAUCGGAUAAGACGGGACAGUUGAAGGGAGUCAUGGUUUCGCACCAUGCUAUGGCCAUGAGGGCUACGCUUCAUCAACUCCAAGGUGGAGGACUAGGCUUGAGUGAUUCUUCGCGAGUUCUGCAGGCCUCUCCUUACGAAUCCGAUGUUUGUCUUUUAGAAAUCUUUGCCACCCUGGUUUAUGGAGGGUGUGUCUGUGUUCCAUCAGAAGAGGAGUUUGUGAACGACUUACCAGAUAUCAUCCGCAGACUGAGUGUCAAUUACUUACCCCUCACAUUGCCAGCCGCGAGACUCGUUCUGCCAAGCGAAGUCCCAGGUGUAAAAUCCGUACUCUUCAGUGUUAGCAGCGAUACAUCUUUGUUUGAUGUGAUCCGUGAGUGGACAGGGAAGGUUGAGCUGUUUCAGAUAUAUGGUACCUCCGAAUGCUCAGUAGCUUGUGCCGCCAGCAACGGUCUCCAUGAUGGGAAAAUAGACAUCGAGGAUGACAUAGCGCGACUCUGGAUCGUGCACAAAGACGAUUAUAACAUACUUGUUCCUCCCAACACAUUCGGGGAGUUGCUAGUCGAGGGUCCGCUUUUGGCAAUGGAAUAUUACAAAGACGAAGAUAAAACUGCCGAAGCAUUCAUUGACAUUCCAGCUGGCUGGCCAAGGCCAAAGCUCAGAGAAGGUGCUAAUAACAAUCCCAGAAGAUUAUACAGAACGGAUAACUUAGCGUGUGUGUUCCGAUUACGCGACCAAACUCAGUCUUAUAUAGAGCUCAUUAGUAGAAAAGACGAACAGAUAGAGCUCCACGGACAACGUCUGGAGCCUGGCUAUAUAGAACAUCAUAUCCGGGAAGAGAUCAGCCACGCAAACAGCUGCUAUUCGUUCUCAAAUGUGAUAGUUGAUGUUAUACACCGGAAAUGUGACAGCAGUUCACACCAACUUGCGGCGUUCAUCGUGGUAAACCGAAAAAGACGUACGAGUAAAUACAUUGAAGAUUACGGUACAACAAACUUUAGCCUUCGGUGUAUUCGUAAAGCAUUAUGCUCACGUCUGCCCGACCACAUGCGCCCGUCGAUUUACAUGACUUUUGCUGCUGGCGAAAUUCUCAGAAAACCAUCGGGUCAAGUACACCGGGCCAAGUUGCGACAGCUGGGAAAAAGCUGCGCAGAAUCUGUGGUGACUAGUCAAAUGGAUAUUAAAAAUGCAUUGACAAACCAAUAUGGAGAAUAUACUAUUAGCAUUUGGUCUGGAUCACCACACACCGAAAACCAACGCUUGCUCGUCCCCAUGUGUUCAUUACUUUUAAACAUCCCACUAGGUUUUAUCCGUGGUAGAUGGGACUUCUAUGCGGCAGGGGGUGAUUUCAUCAAAGCUGCACAACUUAUCGCAGGGCUUCGACGCGCCGUCUUGUUUGAAAUGGCGAAGACAAUGAGAACUUGUGGCAGUCAUGAGGACAUUCCCGAGCCUUUCAGCUUGCUCAUGGGUUCGAAAUCGGAUAUCAUGAAGAUUGUUUUGGCCCAGUGUGGUGUGAUGGAGGACAAAGUCGAGGAUAUCUAUCCAAGUACACCUGAGCAAGAUAGAUUAUUGAGAGAGACAAUACUCACACCAAACCUGAGGAUUAGAGUAACCGAUUACUCCCUUCCGGAAACCAUCGAUCUAGAAAAAUUUCGUCUAGCUUGGGACACUGUUAUCCUGAAUACGCCAAUAUUGAAAACAAGGCUUGUGGAUAUUGGCAAUGGUAAAUCUGUGCAAGUCGUUAUCAAGGAUAACACCUCAUGGAGGGCAUUGCAUGAUUCGGAGCAUGUGCACCCUCUGAAUAUUUCCCACCGCCGACCCGCACACGAAUGCGAAGGCUUUACCGUCGGUUUCGGGACAAAUUUGGCCAUGUAUGAAAUCGGAAACUGGAUUAACUCGCCUGAUACAAAUGUCUUCCGUUGGACUAUACACCAAGCGCUUUGUGACGACCAUUCACGAGCGUUGAUUUGGAAAGUUGUCAAUGAAAUAUACCACGUUGGCAAAAUCCUAACGCCUACCAGCCCAAUGAAAAUCUUUAUCAAACAUUGCGCACCAGCUUUGAAGGCGCCAUUGCGUUUGUCCCCGUAUGAUGUAUACGAGCACGAACGCAAGAAGACCGGGGCAUACACAUCGACGAUGUCUACCACUAGAAGAAGUGCCCUCGUUCAAGCUGCAUUUGCAAUAGCACUUUCAAUAACCACAAGCGUUACAGACGUGGUAUUUAGAUUUACGUCUGAUGGUCGCGAUACCCCUCUGCAGGCAAUAGAACGAAUUGUCGGUCCAACAAUUGCAUUAGUACCAGUAAGGGUUAUAAUACGUCCUCAAGAACCCGUCAAGGCUCUCCUCGACUUCAUAGAGCAAACUUCGGUCGAGAGAAGUUCACGUCAGCAUCGAGGAUUUGAGACAGUACGAAAGCUCAAUGGUUCAAUUGGAGCGGCGUGUAGUAUUGCAAGUUCACACUUGGUGUUUGACAAAACACUUUGGAAUGGCAAACAUGAAGAUAAUCGUGUCAAACAAUUCCAUGGUAUCUAUGAGGAUAACCGAUGUCUUUGCAGCGGCACUUAUUAUGCUCCUGGCUAUAUUGAACCCUUGUCCCUCCCUUUAUAUUGCAAUAUCGUGACAAGAGGCUUCGAAUAUGCCAUACUCCAAGACCAUCCCUUGGACCCUAAGUAUUCACAGUUCGGGUUAUAUCUAGAGAGAACUCUCCGUGAGCUCACACAAAGUGUCGAGGAUGGUGGAGAUGGAGGGAAGUUGUCAGAUUUAAUACUGAGGUGUCAUUCGCCAGAAGAAUUGGAAAGACGUGCAUACCUAAUCCCAACUAUUAGAUUUUAG